CAGCCUACAGAUGUGGAGCAGAGAGUGGAGACUGAACCCAUACUGAUCAAAGAUGAGGAGACAGCAGAGGACGUGUGGAAGACUGACCCUCAGGAAGAGCUCAGGGUCACUGGAGAGGGUGGGUUCAACCAUAAGGGGUACUGCUCUGUCUGUCUAUGGAAGACUGUGUGGGUGUGGUGGUAUGCACGUCCCAAAUUGCUACAUUAGUGUUGGGUGUUUUAUGUUCUGGCAUAUGGAGCACACUUACACACACAGUCAGUUCUAAAGCAGUCAUGUUUUCCAACUGUUAAGGGUCUUUUGUAAUGUUUAUUUUAUGUUUAUCCCCAAAUCUUUAGAGUCUGGUUCCAAGCCUGGGAAACCACCAUCCUUUGAGCAACAGCACUGUGAUGAGGAGUUCAUCACACAACCCAACAUAUCUCCCGAAGACUCAGUGGAACAUUACCCCAUUUCUAAUCGUCCAGAGGAACCAGGAACACCCUGGCUUGUGUCUACAGAAGUGUUCAGCACAGAGCAGCACCGGCAGGACGAGGACAAAGACUCACUAGACCUAGUGAAGGUGAAGAAUGAGAAAGAGGAGGAGCUGGAUCAGACCACGGCCCUGGCAGGACCUGACCAGUUUGUCAUGGAUGAGACUGAUGGGCAGCUGUCGACCUCUGUGGAUCCAGGCAGAGACACUGACCCUGAUGGUCACCCAGAUUUCUCCUUUCAUGCCACAGAAGAGUACUCUCAGAAUAUCUCAAUUUUCCCAUCUCAUAGUGGGCUGCCAUCCGUUCCUACUAUGACAGAUGAUGUAGGGCCAUCGCUUCACUCUUCUAUAUGGAAACCACAUGCUAACAUGUUCAGUGCAGAAAAACACAUGACAAGACAUGUCAGGACAUUGGCUGAUGAGACUAGACAACAGAUGCCAGAGGGAGAGAGCAGUGAGAGGCUGAACUCAAAUAAUGAAGGAAAUAGUUCAGCUCUACAGCCAAGGCAGCAUCAAUACGGGGCUUCAGAAUCAACAGUGAGAUUGAGUGAAUGCAUGACAGGGUCAAACAUGGCCACCACCUCCACCUUCUCUGGAUACAGCCUGAGUCGCAGUAGUUUUAACAUGGUGAAGAGAAUGAGGACUCAGUGGAGGUCGGGCGGCACCACCGAGAGGCGUUUCAGCUGCACUUUCUGUGGGAAGAGCUUCCCACGUUUCUGGCAGCUCAAAGAACACCUCCGGAGUCACACCGGCGAGAAACCGUACACCUGCGAACAGUGUGGCAGGAGUUUCACCAAGCAGUGCAACCUGAUCAGACAUGCUGUGGUCCACAGCGGGGAGAAGCCCUAUGAGUGCACACAGUGUGGGAAAUGCUUCACCCAGCGCUCCAACAUGACGUCACAUCAGAGAACUCACAUAGGAGAGAGUCCAGUGUCUCAAUAUGUGGUACCCGCAUACCCUGGGGAUCCACACACAAGUUUAAUGUAGUCUCAGAACAGAUAGAACAAAUAGUUCAUAAUUGCAUUACGUUUUGAAAACACUUUCAAUGUGAAAAUGUAGCUGAAUCAACAUUACUUGCUAUCUUCUACACUAUCUGAUGUGCUUACUUUUUGUAUCUAAUACCUCUACUGAUAUACUCCCCUACGUAUUUAUUUGGACAGUGAAGCUAAAACUUUUAAUUUGGCUCUAUACUCUAGGAUUUUGGAUUUGAGAUACAAUGUUAUAUAUGAGGCGACUGAAUGUACUGAAUGUCAUCUUUUAUUUGAGGGUAUUUUCAUACAUAUGUUUUACCGUUUAGAAAUGAAAGCACUGUAUGUAUCUAGUCCCCCACAUUAUAAGGUGGCAUAAGUAUUUGGACAAAUUCCCAUAUGAUGUAUUACAUUUUGUCAAUCGUUUAGUAUUUGGUCCCAUAUUCUUAGCACACAAUCGCUACAUCAAGCUUGUGACUACAAACUUGUUGGAUGCAUUUGCAGUUUGUUUUGGUUGUGUUUCGGAUUAUGUUGUGCCCAGUAGAAAGUAAUGGUAAAUAAUGUAUUGUGUCAUUUUGGAGUCACUUUUAUUGUAAAUAAGAAUAGAAUAUGUUUCUGAACCCUUUUACAUUAAUGUGAAUGCUACCACUAUUACGGAUAAUCAUGGAUUAAUCAUAGAUAAUGAUGAGUGAGAAAGUUAGAGGCAUAAAUAUCAUGCCACCCAAAAGAUGCUAACCUCCCAUGUUAUUGGUAGUGGUGAGAGGUUAGCAUGUUUUGGGGGCAUGAUCUUUGUGCAUCUGUAACUUUCUCACUCAUCAUUAUCCACGAUUCAUUCAGGAUUAUCCGUAAUCAUGGUAGCAUCCACAUUAAUGUAGAUUAUAUUCUUAUUCUUAAUAAUGUUCUAAUUUACAAUAAGUGACUCCGACACAAUAUAUUAUUUACCAUUAAUUUAUAUUGGCCACAACAUCAUCCGAAACAACCAAAACAAACUGCAAAUGAAACCAACAAGUUUGUAUAGUCACAAGCUUGAUGUUGUCAUUGCUUGGUAGGAAUAUGUGACCAAAUACUAAACUUUUGACUAAAUUAAAUAAACUAAGUGAAUUUGUCCAAAAUACUUAUGACACCUUCAAAUGGGGGCAGCAGGCAGCCUCGAGAUUAGAGCAUUAGGCCAGUAACCGCAGGUUGCUGGUUCGAAUAAAGGAGCCGACAAGGUGAAACAUCUUUCGCCCUUGUGCCUUUGAGCAAGGCAUUUAAUCCAAAUUGCUCCAGGGGCGCUGUACAAUGGAGACCCUGCCUGUGACCCCACUCCCUGCGGGUGUCUCGGGCAGGUGGGAUAUGCAAGAAAUACAUUUUCAUUACACACUUGUGAGACAAAUAUAAUCACCCCCCAAAUUAUUAUUCUAAAUGGGGUGACUAGAUAUAUGACGUGCAUAAACAGAUAUGCAUUAAAUAUCCUCAAAUAAAAGGUGACAUUCUGUACUGUCCCCUGAUAUAAAGUAUUUGAUCUCAAAUCCAAAAUGCUGGAGUAUAGAGCCAAAUUAAAAGUUUUAGCUUCAUUGUCCAAAAUAAUAAAUAGGGGAGUAUAUGCAUGUGCCUUAUAAUCCCUAAGAGAAUAACCUCCGCUAUAAUGCAUGAAUAAUGCAAUAGUUACUUGAAAUAUACAGUAUUAUUAAAUGAAGUUUACAUUAAACUAGUUUAUCAUCUUUGUUCCCCAGCUGUGUGUCUAACAAGUUAUAAACCUUUUUCUAUCAUUUAAUAAAUACCAUACCACAUGUUCUAAAUGGUUUCAUUAGGUUGUGUCGAUGACAAUAUCUGAUCAUAUAUAAACCAUGAGUUUUUAUGAAUGGUUGAAGAACGUGUUUUUGCAUUUUACGUUUUACCACAGUGCAACAUGCAUUAUGCAUAUAUAGCCUUUUAUGCAUUAAAAACCAUGCAUGUGAGCCACUGCAUUGCACUGCACUCUCCCCUACAUGUAGCAAUAACAAUUGACUAAAACAGAAUACGUUUUAUGGUCUGAAUUCAUUAUUCAGAUAGUAAAAAUGAUUUUAUUAUUCAAUAGAUAUGUCUACCCUACAUGCAGACUAGAAUAGACCCUGGUAGUGUAUUUGUCUUGCCAGUGAUAAUUCCAGCAAUAUGAAGGCAUGUUGUAGUCUCAUAUUUACGGUAAUAAAUACUUACGUCACGAGUUGAACGGAAAUGCGAUUGCAAUUGUGCACGCAUCUCCAAUUCAGACAUUGUUGCCAUUUAUGAACAUCUACGGAUUGUUUAGUGCACAUUAGCUUGGAAAUUGAGAGUACAAAUCUGUAAUUUGGGCUGGACAAGAUGGCCAGCAGCAAUUUUCAGGCGCAGUUGUUAUCUAUUAUGGAGGUAUUAGCUAAAGCAGCUGUAGCAGAAAUAAACCAACGUGUAGAUGAUAGCUGUGCAGUUAUACGUUUGGAAAUUACCCAUAGCCAGCGAGAUAUUGAUGUACUGAAAAGGAAGUGUCAAAUGAUGGAGAGCGAGCUGAAGAAGACACAUGGACGAGUCAGGAGAAAGGGUAGUUGAUGUGUUAUUCAUAGUCAAUUGAAUGCAUUGCAUAUUCAAAACCCAAAUGUGUGAAAUAUAGCUCUAAUAUUUGACUGAAUACAAUUAUUUUAAAAAAUUUUACCCCAUGGCAUCAGAGAGAUCUUCAUAUCCAGUCAAUAUUGUUUUGAACAAGCAGAGGAGUAGCUCACAGCGGAGAGACAGAGAGAGUGCUGUUGAAGAGGACUUCCAACCCCAGGUGUGAUGCAUCACCUUUUACAAUUACAGAGAACUGACCUAUUGAAUCAUUUCUGUUAUUGUAACAGGAGAAUUUACCGCUUUUGUGUGAUUCAUGAGUAUGAAAACGGUUAGAUAUGCUGUUUUUCCAGAGUAAUAACCUCAGACCCCUGUUACAGCCUACCGAUGUGGAGCAGGGAGUAAAGACUGAACCCAUACUGAUCAAAGAUGAGGAGACAGCAGAGGACGUGUGGAAGGCUGACCCUCAGGAAGAGCUCAGGGUCACUGGAGAGGGUGGGUGCAAAUCAAAACAAAUCAAAUAAUUUUAUUUUCACAUACACGUGUUUAGCAGAUGUUAUAGCGGGUGUAGUGAAAUGCUUGUGCUUCUAGCUCCGACAGUGCAGUAAUAUCUCUAACAAGUAAUAUCUAACAAUUUCACAACAUAUACCCAAUACACACAAAACUAGUAAGGAAUGGAAGGGGUACUGCUCUGUCUAUGGAAGACUGUGUGGGUGUGGUGGUAUGCACGUUCCAAAUGGCUACAUUGGUGUUGGGUGUUUUAUGUUAGCCUAUGGAGCCAACGUACAGACACAGUCAAUCCUAAAGCAGACAUGGUAUGCAACUGUUAAAGGGAUACUUUGGGAUUUUGUCAAUGAGGCCUUUUUUCUACUUCCCCAGAUUCAGUUGAACUCGUUGAUACCAUUUUUUUGUCUCUGUCCAGUAUGAAGGAAGUUAGAAGUAGUUUUGCGAGCCAAUGCUAACUAGCAUUAGCGCAAUGACUGGAAGUCUAUGGGUAUCUUCUAGCAAGCAACAGUAGUAGAUAACCAUAGACUUCCAGUCAUUGCACUAACGCUAGUUAGCAUUGUCUCGCGAAACUACCUCUAACUUCCUUCAUACUGGACACAGAUACAUACAAAUUGUAUCAACAAGUUCAUCUGACUCUGGGGAAGUAGUUAAAGGACAUAAUUGACAAAAUCCCAAAGUGUCCAUUUUAAAGGUAUUUUGUAAUGUUUAUUUUAUGUUUAUCCCCAAAUCUUUAGAGUCUGGUUCCAAGCCUGGGAAACCACCAUCCUUUGACCACGGGCACUGUGAUGAGGACUUUAUCACACAACCCAACAAAUCUCCCGAAGACUCAGUGGAACAUUACCCCAAUUCUGAUCGUCCAGAGGAACCAGGCACACCCCGGCUCACGUCUACAGAGGUGUUCAGCACAGAGCAGCACCGGCCAGCCGAGGACAAAGACUCACUAGACCUAGUGAAGGUGAAGGAUGAGAAAGAGGAGGAGCUAGAUCAGACCACGGCCCUGGCAGGACCUGACCAGUUUGUUAUGGAUGAGACUGAUGGGCAGCUGUGGACCUCUGUGGAUCCAGGCAGAGACACUGACCCUGAUGGCCACCCAGACUUCUCCUUUCAUGCAACAGAAGAGUACUCUCAGAAUAUCUCAAUUUUCCCAUCUCAUGAUGUAGGGCCAUCACUUCACUAUUCUAUAGUGAAACCACAUGCUAACAUGUUCAGUGCAGCAGCACACUUGAAAAGACAUGUCAGGACAUUGGCUGAUGAGACUAGACAACAGAUGCCAGAGGGAGAGAGCAGUGAGAGGCUAAACUCAAAUAAUGAUGGAAAUAUUUUAGCUAUACAGCCAAGGCAGCAUCAAUACAGGGCUUCUUCAGAAGCAACAGUGAGAUUGAGUGAGUGCACGACAGAGUCAAACAUGGCCACCACCUCCACCUUCUCUGGAUACAGCCUGAGUCACAGUAGUUUUAACAUGGUGAAAAGAAUGAGGACUCAGUGGAGGUCGGGUGGCACCACCGAGAGGCGUUUCAGCUGCACCUUCUGUGGGAAGCGCUUCCAACGUUUCUGGCAGCUCAAAGAACACAUCCGGAGUCACACCGGAGAGAAACCGUACACCUGCGAACAGUGUGGCAGGAGUUUCACCAAGCAGUGCAACCUGAUCAGACAUGCUCUGGUCCACAGUGGGGAGAAACCGUACGAGUGCACACAGUGUGGGAAAUGCUUCACCCAACGCUCCAAAAUGAUGUCACAUCAGAGAACUCACAUAGGAGAGAGUCCAGUGUCUCAAUAUGUGGUACCUACAUACCCUGGGGAUCCACACACAAGUUUAAUGUUGUCUCAGACCAGAUGGAACAAAUAGUUCAUAAUUGCAUUGUUUUUUCUGUAACACUUUUUAUGUGAAAAUGUGGUACAGAAGGUAUUUUGGGACAUUUUCACAAGCUUGUCUGCUCCUCACUUUUAUUUUAACAACCGAUUUACAACUGGUAACAUUGUGUAUUUGUACCAAAAAAUCAUAAAAAACAUGUUAUAUUCAAUCAAAUUUGUUCUGUGGUUUUAGAUCAAUAAUACACUCCCCUACGUAUUUAUUUGGACAGUGAAGCUAAAAUAUUUAAUUUGGUUUUAUACUCCAGCAUUCUGGAUUUGAGAUCAAAUGUUUUUUAUGAGGCGACAGUACAGAAUGUCACCUUUUAUUUGAGGAUAUUUUUCAUACAUAUCUGUUUUACCGUUUAGAAAUUAAUGCACUUAAUGUAUGUUGUGUCGUCCCCCCCCCCCCCAAUUUGAAGGACGCAAGUUAAUUUAUAGUGUAUUACAUUUUGUCCCAUAUUUCUAGCACGCAAUGACUACAUCAAGCAUGUGACUCUACAAACUUGUUAUAUGCGUUUACGGUUUGUUUUGGUUGUGUUUCGGAUUCUGUUGAAUAUAAAUUAAUUAUAAAUCAUGUAUUGUCUAAAUUUGGAGUCACAUUAACUGUAAAUAAGAAUAGAAUAUGUUUCUGAACACUUUUACAUUAAUGUGGAUGCUACCAUAAUUACGGAUAAUCAUGAAUGAAUCGUGAAUUAUGAUGAGUGAGAAAGUUACAGAUGCACAAAGAUCAUGCCCCCAAAACAUACUAAAAAAAUUUUCGGGAUAUGAUAUCUAUGCCUCUAACUUUCUCACUCACCAUUAUUCACGAUUGAUUCAUGAUCAUCCGUAAUCAUGGUAGCAUCCACAUGAAUGUAGAAUUGUUCAGAAACAUAUUAUAUUCUUAUUUACCAUUCAUUUCUAUUGGGCACAACAUUUAUUUUAUUUUUAUUUAUUUCACCUUUAUUUAACCAGGUAAGCCAGUUGAGAACAAGUUCUCAUUUACAACUGCAACCUGGCCAAGAUAAAGCAAAGCAGUGCGAUAAAAACAACAACACAGAGUUACAUAUGGAAUAAACAAAAACAAAACGUACAGUCAAUAACACAAUAGAAAAUCUAUAUACAGUGUGUGCAAAUAUAUUAAGUUAUGGAGGUAAGGCAAUAAAUAGGCCAUAGUGCAAAAUAAUUACAAUUUAGUAUUAACACUGGAGUGAUAGAUGUGCAGAAGAUGAUGUGCAAAUAGAGAUACUGGGGUGCAAAUGAGCAAAAUAAAUAACAAUGUAAAUAACAAUAUGGGGAUGAGGUAGUUGGGUGGGCUAAUUACAGAUGGGCUGUGUACAGGUGCAGUGAUCAGUAAGCUGCUCUGACAACUGAUGCUUAAAGAUAGUGAGGGAGAUAAGUGUCUCCAGCUUCAGAGGUUUUGCAGUUCGUUCCAGUCAUUUGCAGCAGAGAACUGGAAGGAAUGGCGGCCAAAGGAGGUGUUGGCUUUGGGGAUGACCAGUGAGAUAUACCUGCUGGAACGCAUACUACGGGUGGGUGUUGCUAUGGUGACCAAUGAGCUAAGAUAAGGCAGGGAUUUGCCUAGAAGUGAUUUAUAGAUGACCUGGAGCCAGUGGGUUUGGCGAUGAAUAUGUAGUGAGGGCCAGCCAACAAGGGCGUACAGGUCACAAUGGUGGGUAGUAUAUGGGGCUUUGGUGACAAAACGGAUGGCACUGUGAUAGACUACAUCCAAUUUGCUGAGUAGAGUGUUGGAAGCUAUUUUGUAAAUGACAUCGCCGAAGUCAAGGAUCGGUAGGAUAGUCAGUUUUACGAGGGCAUGUUUAGCAGCAUGAGUGAAGGAGGCUUUGUUGCGAAACAGGAAGCCGAUUCUAGAUUUAACUUUGGAUUAGAGAUGCUUAAUGUGAGUCUGGAAGGAGAGUUUACGGUCUAACCAGACACCUAUGUAUUUGUAAUUGUCCACAUAUUCUAAGUCAGACCCGCCGAGAGUAGUGAUUCUAGUCGGGUGGGUGGGUGCAAGCAGCGUUCGAUUGAAGAGCAUGCAUUUAGUUUUACUAGCGUUUAAGAGCAGUUGGAGGCCACGGAAGGAGUGUUGUAUGGCAUUGAAGCUCGUUUGGAGGUUUGUUAACACAGUGUCCAAUGAAGGGCCAGAUGUAUACAAAAUGGUGUCGUCUGCGUAGAGGUGGAUCUGAGAGUCACCAGCAGCAAGAGCGACAUCAUUGAUAUACACAGAGAAUAGAGUCGGCCCGAGAAUUGAACCCUGUGGCACCCCCAUAGAGACUGCCAGAGGUCCAGACAACAGGCCCUCCGAUUUGACACAUUGAACUCUAUCUGAGAAGUAGUUGGUGAACCAGGCGAGGCAGUCAUUUGAGAAGCCAAGGCUAUUUAGUCUGCCAAUAAGAAUGCGGUGAUUGACAGAGUCAAAAGCCUUGGCCAGGUCGAUGAAGACUGCUGCCCAGUACUGUCUUUUAUCGAUCGCGGUUAUUAUAUCGUUUAGGACCUUGAGCGUGGCUGAGGUGCACCCAUGACCAGCUCGGAAACCAGAUUGCAUAUCGGAGAAGGUACGGUGGGCGGGGUAAGGGUAGCUCUCGAUUGUCGUAGAUGUAUCGGUGGUGACAGUGUUUCCUAGCCUCAGUGCAGUGGGUAGCUGGGAGGAGGUGCUCUUAUUCUCCGAACAUAAUCCGAAACACAACCAAAACAAACUGCAAAUGCAUCCAACAAGAUUGUAGAGUCACAAGCUUGAUAUAGUCAUUGCAUGCUAGGAAUAUGGCACCAAAUACUUAACUUUUCAAUAAAUGUAAUACACUAUAAGUGAAUUUGUCCAAAUACUUAAGACACCUUCAAAUGGGGGGACUAAAUGCAUAAAGUGCAUUAAUUUCUAAACGGAAAAACACAUACAGUUGAAGUCGGAGGUUUACAUACACUUAGGUUGGAGUCAUUAAAACUUGUUUUUCAACCACUCCACAAAUAUCUUGUUAACAAACCAAAGUUUUGGCAAGUCGGUUAGGACAUCUACAGUGGGGAAAAAAAGUAUUUAGUCAGCCACCAAUUGUGCAAGUUCUCCCACUUAAAAAGAUGAGAUAGGCCUGUAAUUUUCAUCAUAGGUACACGUCAACUAUGACAGACAAAAUGAGAUUUUUUUUCUCCAGAAAAUCACAUUGUAGGAUUUUUAAUGAAUAUUUGGUCAAUAACAAAAGUUUCUCAAUACUUUGUUAUAUACCCUUUGUUGGCAAUGACACAGGUCAAACGUUUUCUUUAAGUCUUCACAAGGUUUUCACACACUGUUGCUGGUAUUUUGGCCCAUUCCUCCAUGCAGAUCUCCUCUAGAGCAGUGAUGUUUUGGGGCUGUCGCUGGGCAACACGGACUUUCAACUCCCUCCAAAGAUGUUCUAUGGGGUUGAGAUCUGGAGACUGGCUAGGCCACUCCAGGACCUUGAAAUGCUUCUUACGAAGCCACUCCUUCGUUGCCCGGGCGGUGUGUUUGGGAUCAUUGUCAUGCUGAAAGACCCAGCCACGUUUCAUCUUCAAUGCCCUUGAUGAUGGAAGGAGGUUUUCACUCAAAAUCUCACGAUACAUGACCCCAUUCAUUCUUUCCUUUACACGGAUCAGUCGUCCUGGUCCCUUUGCAGAAAAACAGUCCCAAAGCAUGAUGUUUCCACCCCCAUGCUUCACAGUAGGUAUGGUGUUCUUUGGAUGCAACUCAGCAUUCUUUGUCCUCCAAACACGACGAGUUGAGUUUUUACCAAAAAGUUAUAUUUUGGUUUCAUCUGACCAUAUGACAUUCUCCCAAUCCUCUUCUGGAUCAUCCAAAUGCACUCUAGCAAACUUCAGACGGGCCUGGACAUGUACUGGCUUAAGCAGGGGGACAUGUCUGGCACUGCAGGAUUUGAGUCCCUGGCGGCGUAGUGGGUUACUGAUGGUAGGCUUUGUUACUUUGGUCCCAGCUCUCUGCAGGUCAUUCACUAGGUCCCCCCGUGUGGUUCUGGGAUUUUUGCUCACCGUUCUUGUGAUCAUUUUGACCCCACGGGGUGAGAUCUUGCGUGGAGCCCCAGAUCGAGGGAGAUUAUCAGUGGUCUUGUAUGUCUUCCAUUUCCUAAUAAUUGCUCCCACAGUUGAUUUCUUCAAACCAAGCUGCUUACCUAUUGCAGAUUCAGUCUUCCCAGCCUGGUGCAGGUCUACAAUUUUGUUUCUGGUGUCCUUUGACAGCUCUUUGGUCUUGGCCAUAGUGGAGUUUGGAGUGUGACUGUUUGAGGUUGUGGACAGGUGUCUUUUAUACUGAUAACAAGUUCAAACAGGUGCCAUUAAUACAGGUAACGAGUGGAGGACAGAGGAGCCUCUUAAAGAAGAAGUUACAGGUCUGUGAGAGCCAGAAAUCUUGCUUGUUUGUAGGUGACCAAAUACUUAUUUUCCACCAUAAUUUGCAAAUAAAUUCAUAAAAAAUCCUACAAUGUGAUUUUCUGGAGAAAAGUUUUCUCAAUUUGUCUGUCAUAGUUGACGUGUACCUAUGAUGAAAAUUACAGGCCUCUCUCAUCUUUUUAAGUGGGAGAACUUGCACAAUUGGUGGCUGACUAAAUACUUUUUUUCCCCACUGUACUUUGUGCAUGACACAAGUACUUUUUCCAACAAUUGUUUACAGACAGAUUAUUUAACAUAUAAUUAACUGUAUCACAAUUCCAGUGGGUCAGAUGUUUACAUACACUAAAUUGACUGUGCCUUUAAACAGCUUGGAAAAUUCCAGAAAAUGAUGUCAUGGCUUUAGAAGCUUCUGAUAGGCUAAUUGACAUCAUUUUAGUCAAUUGGAAAUGUACCUGUGGAUGUAUUUCAAGGCCUACCUUCAAACUCAGUGCCUCUUUGCUUGACAUCAUGGGAAAACCAAAAGAAAUCAGCCAAGUGUAGACCGCCACAAGUCUGGUUCAUCCUUGGGAGCAAUUUCCAAACGCCUGAAUGUACCACGUUCAUCUGUACAAACAAUAGUACGCAAGUAUUAACACCAUGGGACCACGCAGCCGUCAUACCGCUCAGGAAGGAGACGCGUUCUGUCUCCUAGAGAUGAAUGUACUUUGGUGCGAAAAGUGCAAAUCAAUCCCAGAACAACCGCAAAGGACCUUGUGAAGAUGCUGGAGGAAACAGGUACAAAAGUAAAACGAGUCCUAUAUUGACAUAACCUGAAAGGCCGCUCAGCAAGGAAGAAGCCACUGCUCCAAAACCGCCAUAAAAAAGCCAGACUACGGUUUGCAACUGCACAUUGGGACAAAGAUCGUACCUUUCUGGUCUGAUGAAACAAAAAUAGAACUGUUUGGCCAUAAUGACCUUCGUUAUGUUUGGAGGAAAAAGGGGGUUGCUUGCAAGCCGAAGAACACCAUCCCAACCGUGAAGCAUGGGGGUGGCAGCAUCAUGCUGUGGGGGUGCUUUGCUGCAGGAGGGACUGGUGCACUUCACAAAAUAGAUGGCAAGACAUCAGUCAGGAAGUUAAAGCUUGGUCGCAAAUGGGUCUUCCAAAUGGACAAUGACCCCAAGCAUACUUCCAAAGUUGUGGCAAAAUGGCUUAAGGACAACAAAGUCAAGAUAUUUGAGUGGCCAUCACAAAGCCCUGACCUCAAUCCUAUAGAAAAUGUGUGGGCAGAACUGAAAAAGCGUGUGCGAGCAAGGAGGCCUACAAACCUGACUCAGGUACACCAGCUCUGCCAUGUGGAAUGGGCAAAAAUUCACCCAACUUAUUGUGGGAAGCUUGUGGAAGGCUACCCGAAACGUUUGACCCAAGUUAAACAAUUUAAAGGCAAUGCUACCAAAUACUAAUUGAGUGUAUGUAAACUUCUGACCCACUGGGAAUGUGAUGAAAGAAAUAAAAGCUGAAAUAAAUCAUUCUCUCUACUAUUAUUCUGACAUUUCACAUUCUUAAAAUAAAGUGGUGAUCCUAACUGACCUAAAACAGGGAAUUUGUACUACGAUUAAAUGUCAGGAAUUUAGAAAAAGUGAGUUUAAAUGUAUUUGGCUAAGGUGUAUGUAAACUUCUGACUUCAACUGUAUGUAUGAAAAUAUCCUCAAAUAAAAGGGUGACAUACUGUCGUUUUAGGUUCACUGUCCAAAUAAAUAUAUAGGGGAGUGUGUACAGUAACUUCAGAAAGUAUUCACACCACCUGACUUUUUCCACAUUUUGUUGUGUUACAGCCUACAUUUAAAAUGGAUUAAAUUGAGAUUUUUUGUCACUGGCCUACACACAAUACCCCAUAAUAUCAUAAUGGAAUUAUGUUUUUUUUUUAUGUUUACAAAUUAAUAAAGAAAUGAAAAGCUUAAAUGUCUUGAGUCAAUAAGUAUUCAACCCCUUUGUUAUGGCAAACCUAAAUAAAUUCAUGAGUAAAAAUGUGAUUAACCCUUUGAGAGUGGUGAAGUUAUUAAUUACACUUUGGAUGGUGUAUCAAUAAACCCAACCACUACAAAGAUACAGGCGUCCUUCCUAACUCAGUUGCCGGAGAGGAAGGAAACGGCUCAGGGAUUUCACCACGAGGCCAAUGGUGACUAAAAUAGUUACAGAGUUGAAUGGCUGUGAUAGGAUCAAACUGAGGAUGGAUCAACAGCAUUGUACUUACUCCACAAUACUAACCUAAUUGACAGUGAAAAGAAGGAAGCCUGUACAGAAUAAAAAUAUUCCAAAACAUGAAUCCUGUUUGCAACAAGGCACUAAAGUAAUACUGUAAAAAAUGUGGCAAAGCAAUACACUUUUUUGUCCUGAAUUCAAAGGGUUAUGUUUGGGGCCAAUCCAAUACAACGCAUUACUGAGUACCACUCUCAAUAUUUUCAAGCAAAGUGGUGGGUGCAUCAUGUAAUGGGUACGCUUGUAAUCAUUAAGGAUUGGGGAGUUUUUCAGGAUAAAAAAUAAACGGAAUGAAGCUAAGCACAGGCAAAAUCAUAGCGGGAAACCUGGUUCAGUCUGCUUUCAAUCAGACACUGGGAGAUGAAUUCACCUUUCAGCAGGACAAUAACAUAAAACACAAGGCCACAUCUACACUGGAGUUGCUUACCAAGAAGACAAGUGAAUGUUCCUGAAUGGCCAGGUUACAGUUUUGACUUAAAUCUGCUUGAAAAUCUAUGGCAAGACUUGAAAAUGGUUGUCUAGCAAAGAACAACAACCAAUUUGACAGAGCUUGAAUGUUGAAAAGAAUCAUGGGCAAAUAUUGUACAAUCCAGGUGUGCAAAGCUCUUAAAGACUUACCCAGAACGACUCACAGCUGUAAUCGCUGCCAAAGGUGAUUCUAACAUGUUUUGACUCGGGUGUGAAUACUUACGUAAAUAAUAUAUUUCGGUAUUUCACUUUCAAUACAUUUUCAAAAAUUUCUAAAAACAUGUUUUCACUUUGUCAUUAUGGGGUAUUGUGUGUAGAUGGGUGAGAAAAAUAUCUAUUGAAUCCAUUUUGAAUUUGGCUGUAACACAACAAAAUGUGGAAUAAGUAAAGGGGUAUGAAUACUUUCUGAAGGCACUGUGCCUUAAAAACCCUGAGAAGAACCUCUGAAUGCAAAUCAGCUAUAAUGCAUGUAGUAUGCAAAAGUUACUUUAAAUAUAUCAUGAAAUUAAGUUUAUUUAAAGUUUACAUGAAACUAGUUUAUCGUCUUUGUUCCCCAGCUGUGUGUUAAACAAGUUAUAUACCUUUUUCUAUCCUUUAAUAAAUACCAUACCACAUUUUCAGAAUGGUUUCAUAAGAUUGUGUCGAUGAGAGUGUAUAUGAUAAUAUUAAUGAAAAUAUUUGAUCAUAUAUAAAUCAUGAGUUUUUAUUCAUGGUUGAAGAAAGUGUUUUUGUAUUUUACGAUUUACCACGUUUAACCAUGUGAGCCACUGCAUUGCAGUGCACUCUCUCACCCACAUGUAGCCAUACCUAUUGGCAAAAAAAACACAAGACGUUUUACAAUAUGAAUUCUUUAUUCAGAUAGUAAAACGUGUUAUUUUUUUGUCAAUAGAUAUGGCUACCCUAAACUGUAUAUGCAGACUAGAAUCGACCACGGUAUUUGCAUUGCCAGUGCUAAUUCUACCAAUUUGAAGGGCUGUUGCAGUCUCAUAUUUACGGUAAUAAAUACUUACGUCAAGAGUUUAACGGAAGUGCUAUUGAAAUUGCGCACUCAUCUCCUACUUCACUACAUUGUUGUCAUUUAUCAACAUCUACGGAUUGUUUAUUGCACAUUAGCUUACUUAAAUAGUAUACUACUUACUUAACACGGAGAAUACAAAUCUGUAAUUUGGGCUGGACAAGAUGGCCAGCUGCAAUUUUCAGGCGCAGUUUGUAUCCAUUAUGGAGGUAUUAGCUAAAGCAGCUGUAGCAGAAAUAAACAAACGUGUAGAUGAUAGCUGUGCAGUUAUACGUUUGGAAAUUACCCAAAGCCAGCGAGAUAUUGAUGUACUGAAAAGGAAGUGUCAAAUGAUGGAGAGCGAGCUGAAGAAGACGCGCAGACGAAAGGGUAGUUGAUGUGUUAUUAUUCAUGAAAAAUUGAUUGCAUAUGCAAAACCCAAAUGUGUGAAUAGCCCUAAUAUUUGACUAAAAACAAUUAUUUUCCAGGUUUUUACCCCAUGGCAUCAGAGAGAACUUCAUAUCCAGUCAAGAUUGUUUCGAACAAGCAGAGGAGUACCUCACAGUGGAGAGACAGAGAGAUGGCUGUUGAAGGGGACUCUCAACCCCAGGUGUGAUACAUCACCUUUUACAAUUACAGAGACCUGACCUCUUGGAUCAAUUCUGUUAUUGGAAUAUCAGGAGAAUUUACUGCUUUUGUGUGAUUCAUGAGUAUGACAAUGGUUAGAUAUGGUUUGUGUCCAGAGUAAUAACCUCAGUCCCCUGUUACAGCCUACAGAUGUGGAGCAGAGAGUGGAGACUGAACCCAUACUGAUCAAAGAUGAGGAGACAGCAGAGGACGUGUGGAAGGCUGACCCUCAGGAAGAGCUCAAGAUCCCUGGAGAGGGUGGGUGUGACCAUAAGGGGUACUGCUCUGUCUGUCUAUGGAAGACUGUGUGGGUGUGGUGGUAUGCACGUUCCAAAUUGCUACAUUGGUGUUGGGUGUUUUAUGUUCUGGCAUAUGUAGCGCACGGACACACAGUCAGUUCUAAAGCAGUCAUGUUCUGCAACUGUUAAGGGUCUUUUGUAAUGUUUAAUUGAUGUUUAUCCCUAAAUCAUUAGAGUCUGGUUCCAAGCCUGGGAAACCACCAUCCUUUGAGCAAAAACACUGUGAUGAGGACUUUAUCACACAACCCAACUUAUCUCCCGAAGUCUCAGUGGAACAUUACCCUAAUUCUGAUCGUCCAGAGGAACCAGGUACACCCUGGCUCGCAUCUACAGAGGUGUUCAGCACAGAGCAACACCAGCCAGCCAAGGACGAGGACUCACUAGACCUAGUGAUGGUGAAAGAGGAGGAGCUGGAUCAGACCAUGGCCCUGGCAGGACCUGACCAGUUUGUUAUGGAUGAGACUGAUGGACAGCUGUGGACCUCUGUGGAUCCAGGCAGAGACGCUGACCCUGAUGGCCACCCAGAUUUCUCCUUUCAUGCCACAGAAGAGUACUCUCAGAAUAUCUCAAUUUUCCCAUCUCAUAGUGGGCUGCCAUCUGUUCCUACUAUGACAGAUGAUGUAGGGCCAUCGCUUCACUCUUCUAUAUGGAAACCACAUGCUAACAUGUUCAGUGCAGCAUCACACAUGAAAAGACAUAUCAGGACAUUGGCUGAUGAGACUAUACAACAGAUGCCAGAAGGACAGAGCAGCGAGAGGCUGAACUCAAGUAAUGACAGAAAUAGCUUAGCCCUACAGCCAAGGCAGCAUCAAUACAUGGCUUCAGAAGCAACAGUGAGAUUGAGUGAGUGCAUGACAGGGUCAAACAUGGCCACCACCUCCACCUUCUCUGGAUACAGCCUGAGUCGCAGUAGUUUUAACAUGGUGAAGAGAAUGAGGACUCAGUGGAGGUCGGGCGGCACCACCGAGAGGCGUUUCAGCUGCACCUUCUGUGGGAAGAGCUUCCAGCGUUUAUGCCAGCUCAAAGUACACCUCCGGAGUCACACCGGAGAGAAACCGUACACCUGCGAACAGUGUGGCAGGAGUUUUACCAAGCAGUGCAACCUGAUCAGACAUGCUCUGGUCCACACCGGGGAGAAGCCCUAUGAGUGCACACAGUGUGGGAAAUGCUUCACCCAGCGCUCCAAAAUGAAGUCACAUCAGAGAACUCACAUAGGAGAGAGUCCAGUGUCUCAAUAUGUGGUACCUACAUACCCUGGGGAUCCACACACAAGUUUAAUGUUGUCUCAGAACAGAUGGAACAAAUAGUUCAUAAUUGCAUAGUUUUUCUGUAACAAUUACUUAAACUGCAUACUGUGUACUAAUUGUAUUACAUAAUAUUUAGAACAUACUGUUUAGUAAAAUAAAUGCCAUAAGCAAGAAAUACAAGGCUCAUCCUACUGAGAAUGCGUCAUCUAAUGUGCAAUUGCGUUGAUUCCCGCCAUACAUUCAUUUUGGUACAGAUUGUCCCAUCAGUUAUACCUUUUUCUAUCCUUAAAUAAAUACCAUACCACAUUUUCAGACGGGUUUCAUUAGGUUGUGUUGAUGAGAAUGGAGAUGAAAAUAUUUGAUCAUAUAUAAACCAUGAGUGUUUAUGAAUGGUUGAAGAAAGUGUUUUUGUAUUUUACGUUUUAUCACAGUGCGUCGUGCAUUAUGCAUCUACGGCCUUUUAUGCUUAAUAACCAUGUGAGCCACUGCAUUGCACUGCACUCUCCCCUUCAUGUAGCCAUACCUAUUGGCUAAAAACACAAGACGUUUUACAAUCUGAAUUAUUUAUUCAGAUAGUAAAACGUCUUAUUUUUUUGUCAAUAGAUAUGGCUACCCUACACUGUAUAUUCAGACUGGAAUAUACUCUGGUACAGUAUUUACCUUGCCGGUGCUAAUUUUAAGAAUUUUGAACUGCUCAUAUUUACCGUAAUAAAUACUUAUAUCACGAGUUGAACGGAAGUGCGAUUGCAAUUGCGCAUGCAUCUCGCACUUCACUACAUUGUUGUCAUUUAGCAACAUCUACGGAUUGUUUUUUGCACAUUAGCUUGGAAAUUGCAGACAUUUUACUUCAAACAGAGAAUACAAAUCUAUCAUUUGGGCUGGACAAGAUGGUGGGCAGUAAUUUUCAGGCGCAGUUGGUAUCCAUUCUGGAGGUAUUAGCUAAAGCAGCUGUAGCAGAAAUAAACAAUCGUGUAGAUGAUAGCUGUGCAGUUAUACGUUUGGAAAUGACCCAAAACCAGCGAGAUAUUGAUGUACUGAAAAGAAAGUGUCAAAUGAUGGAGAGCGAGCUGAAGAAGACACAAGGACGAGUCAGGAAAAAAGGUAGUUGAUGUGUUAUUCAUGAUAAAUUGAUUGCAUAUGCAAAACGCAAAUGUGUGAAUAGCUCCAAUUAUAUUUGAUUGAAUACAAUAAUUUUCCCGUUUUUUACCCCAUGGCAUCAGAGAGAUCUUCAUAUCCAGUCAAGAUUGUUUUCAACAAGCAGAGGAGUACUUCACAGUGGAGAUACAGAGAGAUGGCUGUUGAAGAGGACUCUGAACGC